AUGCCGCCUCGAGAGCCCCAAUUGGAGGCGCGUCAGGGUCACAGCACCUCGCUUUCGCCUCGACUCGCGCACUUGUCACCUCGCACGCCGCAGAGUGAAGGUCCGUUUACGUCUCAGCGCGGUUCGAGCUCUGCAGCUUCGUCUGCUGGAAGGCAGAGCAAUAGGAGCGUGUCGUCCUCGAUUCGUGGGAGCGGUGGUAGUGCUCGAUCCGUCCCUAACACCACGACGAUGCGUAAAAGAGUGCCAUCUGGAGUGCCGGCUAGAUCUUUCGAGAGUCCUGCCUCACCUGCCACGAGCAGCGUGAUAAACGCGGACGAGCGCAUACUACCCCCUGUACCAACUGCCGACUCCAGCAACUCUUCAUCCGACAAAGAUUGGAAAGAACGCCUCCGCAAAGCGGGAAGCAUCGAUAGCUUCAAGACCAAGCGCAACCCUGCACCCGCCACCACCAUUUCCAGCCUACCCGGCUUCUCAGAUGCCAUCGAUGCUGCCAAAAGAAGACCAAGCAACAUCGGGAUGGAUACUGCCAGAGCAUUUGGCAGCCGGGUCAGGAGCUUUGCUCUCGGAAUAACCGCCACGGCAACGACUGCCAACUCCGACACGGAAGGCCAUGCGCCGAUUGUUGCUUCGUCAGCAGAUCAGCGCGCCACGCAGAAGAUCACCACGGGUAGCGCUAUGUCGAGCUGGUUCAAGGGUAGAUCCGUCGGUGCCGGUGUCGACACGAACGAAGCAAACACCAAAGGCAAGGGGCUAAUGAGCUCGCCCAGACCAUCAGAGCUGCUACCUCCAAUCGAUCUGCCCUUGCAGGCGCAGCACUCUGUUCCUUAUCAGCGCAGCACGAGCGAACCACGGAAAGCCUUUGUGGAGGAUGCUGACUCGGAGGAUGAAAUGGAUCCUGGCCAGACCAUUCGAGUCGUCCACGCAGGCAACAUCAUCCUCGAACAGUCUGGCAUCGCUUCAUCCCCUAAUUCCUUGACCAGUGCUCUGGACAUGUGGUCACCGCCGCUUUCCUCCAUCAGGGCAGCAACUCAGCGCUUCGAAGAGCAAGGCAUCUACGAGACUACAUCACCGGACAAAGAGCAGAACGUCAGCUCGAAUGCAGGACGCUUCAAGAUGGAAGCACCUAGCGUCAAGCAUUACUCCCUAAAUCCAACGCAUUUGCAACGUGGAGAAGAGAGUAGACCUGGCUCGACAUUGUCGCCUCAGCGUCAAAACGCUACAAGCACUCUGAGAAGUCGCCCGUUCUCGAUCUCCUUUGCUUCUGCGCCUGACAUGGAAAGGACCGGCACGGGCGCGUCGAGCAAUUCGACUGCGUCCUACAAUUCUCUUCUCUUGCCAAACAGUGCAAGCUCAGCGUUGGCUGAUCUGGGCGAAUCCCUGAGAUGGAGCCAAAAGUUUCCAGAAGGAGCUCAUAUGAGUCGAGCGCGAAGCAGUCGACUCAGUGUGGGCGCUAUGGGUGGCUCAUCUGCGCCGAACGGCCAAGCUAGACGAAAUUCAGCUUGGAGCUUUGCACACCCUGGAGGCAUCAAAUCGAAUGAGGAUGAGAGGGAAAAGACCAUCGACUGGUCUGGCGGUCAUAGCUGGCGUCAAGACUCAGAUCUGGGCGUGACGCCCUUGGAACAUGUUCAUGAGAUUGACGCAGAUGUAUAUCGUACGCGUGUACUCCGUGAUGGACCACACGGUGAGAGAAGACACCACCGCACGCUUAGCACAAAGUCCAAGCUCUCGGAAACUAGGAACGGGCUGCGUUUCUUGUCGGCCAAGCGCGAAGAUCAUGAUUAUGAUGGGGACUCAAGCUGGGAUGCGCCAGUCAAGAAUUCUAGCGCCACUAGUGAUACUGGCAGAGAUGCAGGCAUUGGACAACCUUUGUGUCAAUCUGAGGAGAGAGUGGCCAAGUGGAACCGCUUCAAGUGGAUCUUGUUCGUCAGCGUCAUAGUGCUUUUCAUCUACGGCAUGGCUGGCUUGGUCGGUUCUCUACUGACUUGGGCUCGGACUUGGGAAAGGGCAGAUGUGACAGCAGUAGUCGACGCCGACAUUCUCAUCUUUUUGACUCUGGCUUCCAUGCUCUGCGUCCUCACCUCCGUCGUUGGCAUCAGCGGCACGAUUCUUAAUUCUCGACCCAUUCUAUCUCUCUACGCUUUCCUCCUCUGGCCAACGCUCCUCUCCAUUCUGGUCGUCGGAUACGCAUCCUACAAGAGGGAGAACCUGAGGUUGGACAGGAAACUAAACAUGGCUUGGAGUCGUUACUUUGACGAUCUGGAUCGACUCAGGUUGCAAAAUAAUCUGCACUGCUGCGGGUAUUAUACGCCUCUGCAUCAAGCCACCUUUUCCCGCAAUUGCUACCCGCGAACCUCCCUGCCGGGGUGCAAAGGCAAGCUCUACCGUUACGAAAAGGCGGCUCUCAAACGACUCUACACCAUCAUCUUCAGCAUCGUCUUUGUACAUCUUGCAAACAUUGCCGCUUCUUUGCUAUGUUCCAAUCACGUCAAUGCAAGUUUCGGCAAAGGUCUUACGCCUAGAGCUUAUCGACUGGACAUGACUCACGUCCGACGAAAUGCCAUCAACAUCAUCCGCGCGCUCAAGAUGAGCGAAGAACGCGCUCACAUCGAGGAACUGCAUCAUCGCGAGGCGGGUGCGACUCACGAAAAGCGGCACAUGGCAGAAGAAGGGGCAAACUUAUCGCUCGCAUCUAUCGACCUUAAUGCUCCGCCUGUGGGAGGCGACGAUGAACGACCAUCAGAGAUUGAUAUCAUGCGCCUCCAGCGGAACCGGGGUCUUCUAGCUCGAGCGCUUCAAGUGCCUUAUUACUCUGAGAGGCCUGUUGUACCCCCCAAAAGCCCUGCGAGAGGCGCGACCUCGUACGCGUUCCAUGGACCCCAGGCUGCCUUGUCACAUGAGGACGCCGCUGCGCAGGACCCUUCCAAGGAUGUUAGGGGUCUCGGAUUCACCAUGAGCUUGGAAAGACAUCAGGCUAGGUUGAUGCAGGAGCAGCUGCUAGCGAGGCAAAUCUAG